UGCCGCCUCACCCGGUCAGACUGCCCCCAUAUCUAGCUACCAAAACCUAGCACCGUUAAGCCAGCAUGCCCCUCGCUCGCAGUCUGUCUGUGACCUCUCUCCCCGGGCUGGAGGACUGGGAUGAGGAGUUUGACUUGGAGGAUGCUGUUCUUUUUGAGAUUGCAUGGGAGGUGGCUAACAAAGUGGGAGGGAUCUAUACUGUGAUCCAGACCAAAGCCCGUCUCACUUCCGAAGAAUGGGGGGAAAACUACUUCCUUGUUGGGCCCUACAUGGAGAGUAAUGUCAGAACUCAAGUGGAGCUCAUUGAACCUACCAACCCUGCUCUGAGGAGGACCAUAGACAAGAUGAACUCCAGUGGAUGCAAGGUAUACUUUGGGCGCUGGCUGAUCGAGGGGAGCCCUUAUGUGGUGUUGAUCGAUGUGGGCUUCACAGCUUGGUCGCUGGACCGCUGGAAGAGCGAGCUGUGGGAGAACUGCGGAAUCGGGGUGCCCUGGUUUGACCGCGAGGCCAACGACGCUGUGCUCUUUGGCUUCCUGACAGCCUGGCUGCUGGGGGAGUACGCGGCUCAGUGUGAGGAGCCUCCCCACAUCCUGGCCCACUUCCACGAGUGGCUGGCAGGGCUGGGCCUGGUGCUGUGCCGGCAGAGACGGCUCCCUGUAGCCACCAUCUUUACCACACACGCCACCCUGCUGGGCCGCUACUUAUGCGCUGGCAAUGUGGACUUCUACAACAACCUCAGUAAUUUCAAUGUGGACAAGGAGGCAGGGGACAGACAGAUCUACCACAGGUACUGCCUGGAGAGAGCUGCUGCUCGCUGUGCCCAUGUCUUCACCACUGUCUCCCAGAUCACCGCCAUUGAGGCUGAACACCUGCUCAAGAGGAAACCAGAUGUUGUCACUCCCAAUGGUCUGAAUGUAAAGAAGUUCUCUGCCAUGCAUGAGUUCCAGAACCUACACGCCCAGAGCAAGGCACGCAUACAGGAGUUUAUCCGGGGACACUUCUAUGGGCACCUGGAUUUUAACCUAGACAAGUGUGUGUUCCUCUUCAUCGCUGGGAGAUAUGAAUUCUCUAACAAAGGAGCUGAUAUCUUCCUGGAAGCUCUGGCACGACUGAACUACCUCCUGAGGGUGAACCACAGCGAGGUGACAGUAAUAGCGUUCUUCAUCAUGCCUGCCAGAACAAACAACUUCAAUGUAGAAACACUGAAAGGACAAGCCGUCAGGAAGCAACUCUGGGACACAGCCCAGACUGUGAAAGAGAAGUUUGGAAAGAAGCUGUAUGAAUCUCUACUUACGGGCCACUUACCAGAUGUUUCAAAGAUGCUGGACAAAGAGGACUUCACCAUGAUGAAGAGAGCCAUAUUUGCCACCCAGAGGCAGUGCCAGCCCCCAAUCUGUACUCACAACAUGCUGGAGGACAGCAGUGACCCCAUCCUCAACUGUCUCCGCAGAAUAGGCCUCUUCAACGGCUCCUCAGACAGGGUCAAGGUGAUCUUCCACCCUGAGUUUCUUUCCUCCACCUCCCCGCUCCUUCCAAUGGACUAUGAGGAGUUUGUGAGAGGAUGCCAUCUUGGGGUUUUCCCCUCUUACUAUGAACCCUGGGGAUACACUCCAGCGGAGUGCACUGUGAUGGGGAUUCCCUCUGUCUCUACCAACCUCUCAGGCUUUGGUUGCUUCAUGGAAGAACACAUUGCUGACCCCUCUGCUUAUGGCAUCUACAUCCUGGACCGGCGGUACCGCAGUGUGGACGAGUCGUGUAACCAGCUCACCUCCUACCUGUUCCAGUUCUGCCAGCAGAGCCGGCGCCAGCGUAUUAUCCAGAGAAACCGCACUGAGAGACUGAGUGACCUGCUGGACUGGAGAUACCUGGGCCGAUAUUAUGUUUCAGCUCGUCACAUGUCACUGGCAAAAGCUUUCCCAGAUGCCUACUUCUAUGAGCCUCAGGAGCCAACUUCUAAACAGGGCUUCCGUUACCCCCGGCCGGCAUCCGUGCCACCCUCGCCUGCCCUCUCCCGCCACUCCUCCCCACACCACAGUGAAGCCGAAGAUGAGGAUGAGGAGAGGUAUGAUGAAGACCUGGAGGCCGAGAAAGACCGUCUCAACAUUCGCCAGCCCUUCUCCCUCCAGAUUCGAAACAAGACCUCUCUGCCGUAUGUGGCCCCCACAUCUAAUGGCAACAGCACUCCUAGCUCUACGGCCUCACCCCCGAGCUCCGUCACAUCCCCCCCGAGCUCCGUCACCAGUGAGAAGAACUGAACCCACAUCACUGUUCCCACACAUACAGGGAGAGGCGGACCCAUACAUACACACACAGACGCCUCAUAUGUACAAAUGACACUGCAUAUACACAUCAGCUGCAAAUUUGACAGAAAGACACAGACAUAUACACACACAGAAAUGUCUGCAUACACUCCAGAUGUACACACCAGGAAAGUCAUACGCGUUUUACAUUGAAGAAAAAACAAACACAGCCAGCCACAUUCAGUAUGAAAUAUUUGAUACAAAGAAGUAGACAGACACAAAUACUCCUAGACAGAUAGCCAUUGGGAUGGAGGAAAGGCAGAAAGCAAAGAAAGAGAAAAAGGUUCAGUUGAGACUAGAGAAAAGUUAUGUCCAGGAGGAGAGAUUCUGAUACCACUGUAGCUUCAGAGAGAUUCAGUCCUCAUAAAUACUGUAUUCUAUAUAUAUAUAUAUACACACCACUAAAGGAAACUAUGUUCAUGCACAUAGUCAACUCAGAAAGAUGUACACUAUACAAAAUUACACAGAGAUCACAAUAUAAUUUUCUGUAAUCUUUAUAUUUGUCUUCCAAAUCCCAUUUAUUUUUGCAUAUAUUUUUGGUACACCUUCCUGCCUUUCAAUAGAAUUUCUGGCACUGCAAACACUGUCCUGCACACAGUCUGAGAGUGAGGAGGUAUUGUUGCUAACAUAAACAGAUAGAGCACUUCGUAUGGAAAGAGAUAGGUAACUUGACAGAUGGCCACAACUUUUAGCCUUACUACUAUAAUAUAUACUCCUGAACACCUGAACACUGUCUUCUGUUGUACCUUAUCCACAGCUGUCAUUUAGACUGUGUUCUCCAUUGUGUUUUGAUCUUAGUGUGUUUCCUAGGGCUGUGCUUAUUAAUAUUGGAAUGUCUAUAUUUCAGUUUGUUUGUUAGUAUUCUUUUCUCAUGGAAGUGUGUGGAUUAAAGCCAGGGUAUUUCUUUCAAUCAUUUACUCACUGCACUGUGAUUGGUCCAGCCAUUCCAUAUGGUACCUGUGAGCCAAUCAUAGUUUUUGUUGGAGUAAUAUUUUUCCCCACUUAAGGACUGAGGGAGAAGAAAUACACAACCAAUAAAGCAGUGUUACAGAAAGCAUUACCUUACAGUUAAUACAUAAUUAGAGAGAAUAUGACACACUGUGUACAAUAAAA